GCUAGGAGGUACGCGUGGGCGGCAGGAGCACUUGCUUAUCUGUACAGGCAGCUUGGUAUUGCCUCCCGGGCGGAGGCUAAGGGAGUGGCGGGUUGUCUGACUUUACUACACUGUUGGAUUUACGACCACUUUCCUACCUUGAGACCUAGUCGGUUGGAGCCACGACAGUUGGAGCAGGGGCAGGCAGGAGCAUUCAGGUGGCGCGGUAUCUCACCCCAGUCGACGAAGAAGAGGGAUGCACAGAUGCUGGCUUAUUAUCGGUAG